AUGAUGCCAAUAAUUAUGGCUUCGGACAAGACUAACAUCACAAGAGGCACAGGAAAUCUUGAAAUGCAUCCCACUUUCCUGAUGAUUGCUAAUAUUGCAUCUGAUGUACGCAUGAAAGCCACCGCACAAGCUUGGAGAUGUGUAGCUUUCAUCCCGACCCCAAAGUUUGAUGUCCACAAUGACUUCCAAGGCAUACUGCAAGCCCGGGUGUGGCAUAAGUGUAUGGACAAAGUCUGUGUGAACCUCAAGAUUGCAGCAAAAGUAGGCACUUUCACCCCGGAUCCAUUUGGCCUCGUUCGCUAUGUAUUCAUGCCCUUGGUGGCAUAUCAAGCUGAUCUUCCGGAGCAACAGCUUAUAGCCUGUGUAGCCAAGGAUUCAUAUCCAGUGUCACUAGCCACAUUAGCCAACUUUGGUGACAGUCAACCUUAUUCCCCACGCAUAUCACACGUCAAGCAAUUGACUGGCAGGGAUCAUCGCGACAUUCAGCGCACAAUUGUGCCGUCAAUUGCAGGUGCAGCCCCACCAAAAGCUGUCCGAGCUAUCCGUGCUAUUGUGGAUUUCAUAUACAUUGCACAGAAUCCCAUCUAUACCCCUACAUCAAUCACGCAAAUGGAGGCCGCACUCGCCGAAUUUCACCGUCACAAGCAGGCGAUUCUGGACGCCGAGGCACGCCAAGGCAAAAAAGGUGCUAUGGACCACUUUUGGAUUCCGAAGCUUGAGCUCUUGCAGAGCUUUGCACGGGCGGUCAAGAAUUCAGGGAACAUCUUGCAGUAUACAGCGGAUAGGACCAGCCAUCAGAGUGAUUUCAUAUUCCAGAUUGUUCGUUUGCUUGACAUCGCAGAGAAGGUCCGGCAGUUCGAACUGUACACCCUCUUACGACUAUUUCAUCAGGACCUUGUGAACGUUGCUAUCAGGACAGAGCAAGACGAGAUUGCUGACUUGGAUCCUGAACUGGCAUGGGUAUUGCAGUUCGCAACUGCGGCCGAAGAAAUACAAUAUCAAAGCCCCCGCCCUGUUCAAAACCAUUUCUUGAAGGGCCUCACAUCUGACGACUCAAACAUCGCUUUCCAUCUCACUGUAGUCCCCGACAUACAUUCUACAUCUAUGCAUGAUGCUGCUAUCUCAUUAAAUCUGCCAGACCUCAGCGCUGCGUUGUACAACUUUGUAAAAGGACUUUCCAUCAAACAAUGUUGUAGCCAGGGGUCUUUUAAUGGGCAGGGAGGAAUUGAUUUAGGAUUCGAUAAAGUACAACUGUGGUUCAAAUUUCGACUACAACAGCAUUCAGUAUUUAAAACCCAGGUCAUCAUGCCGAGUCAGAUGGUUCAGGCGUUUUCUCCAAGUAAUGAUGCACCUUUCGGAAACUGCGACACCGUUUUGAUACAGCUCAAAACCACAGAAAUGCCUGAGGUCGCACAAGUACGGACUGUUAUCGUGCCCAUCGCCCGUAAAGGCAGUGUGCUUCAUCCUGCGUUAAAUCAACCAAUCGCAUAUAUUCAAUUGUUCAAGGUUGUUUCAAGCCCUGCUCAGCAGCCUGAUGUGGACAUGUUUGUUGUCAAGAGGGCUUUCCACUCUGAGCCGUCACUGAAUGGAGACACUCAGCGACUAGGGGGUUUCAUUCCAUUGACGUUGAUUACUCAGGCCAUUGAGCUCAUUCCUGUUUAUGGAGAGAGAAUGGAUCGCACCAUAAAUGCAAUGAACUCGCUGGAGGUACCUCUUUACUUCUAUGUUAAUAAUUCCUCGGACAAAGAAGUAUACCGGUCCAUGAUGAGAUUUGAUUCAUAG